UUACUGCCCCGUAAUUUCACGAUAUGGUAUUUGAGGGGCCAUGUUAACAACGAGGAAAAUGCCAUUGUAGUAGCCCCAAAAGCGUUCCCCAUGGGAAUACACUGACGCGUCAAGGACUGGAACGGAAACGGCUCUGCCACAACUGCCAGAACCAGUGUACACUGAAGUGGCACAUGGGCAAGUAUACGACCAAAACAUCUGGCAGUCAUUGCUGUGAUCCUGGCUGUUUCCGACUAAUUCUUCGCAAUAUUUACCAGCAGAAUGAAACGGAGUCUAUAUCAGUGAAGCCAGUGGGGCCGUCCGUGUUGUUUGGCGAAGGUGCCCACUGGGAUGCUAGCGCGCAGGCGUUGUUCUUCGUGAGCACCUUAGGCGACACCAUCCACAAAUACACCCCCCUCACGGAGACGCAUACCAGUGCGGAGCUUAAUGGCAUACCAACGUUCAUAAUCCCAAUCGAAGGCCACCCUCAACACUACGUCGUUGGCCUUGACGACCGCGUGGUCGAGAUUCAGUGGUCAGGCUUUCCUGACAGCACGGCCAAAGAAGUUAAUACUGUGGUCGCAAAAGGCACAGUCGAAAAAGAUCAGAAACGGUACGACAAAGGCAAAGCUGAUCCCAGAGGACGGGUGUUCGUUGGUGCAAUGCCCAUAGAUAUCGACAUCGAUGAGACGUCUCGGAACGGUUCUUUAUACCGCAUAGAUGCCGACGGCUCUUUGCACCAAGUCAUCUCCGCCGUAGACAUGACAAAUGGCCUUAGCUGGGACGUUAAAGAGAUGGCUUUCUACUUCGCGGACUCCUUCCAGAACAAAAUAUGGAGAUACGAUUACGAUAUCGACACGGGAGAUAUUUCGAAUCCACGCUCGGUAUUCGAGCUAAGCGAGCACGGGCUGGCGGGCAUCGUGGACGCGAUGACAAUUGAUAUCGACGGCAACCUCUGGGUCGCCAAUUUCGAUGGAUACCAGGUACUGAAAAUAGACCCUCGCAGAAAUCAGCUUCUCCAAAAGGUAUCGGUCCCUGGUAGGCAAAUAACGUCUUGCACCUUCGGAGGUCCUAACUCGGACAUCCUCUACAUGACUUCAAUAGCGAAGAACAAGCAGGGGCCGCAACCGCCACCACAUGGCUCCCUAUAUGCCAUCACCGGCUUGGGGGUGAAGGGCUACACCAAUGUUAGCGCUAAAAUUAACAUGAAACUCGUUGCAAAGCUAGACGACGACGACAAAUUUUAAGUAGAAGUACCAAGUUUUAUCAUAAUGUCAUAAGUAUAAUAUUUAAUCUAACGUUUUUGAAUACUGCGCGAUGAACGCACCCCUCAUGGAAGCAUGACAUAAGUGGAGUUACGUCAAACAUGUGUAUUGCUCUAUUAGAUACAGAAAAAUAUAACCCACAUCCU